CAGCCUUGAAUAUGGCUAUCGAGAUGCUCAACCUAUCAAUUAAUAGGAGCAUCAAGUCCGAUACACAAGACAUUCUGAAUGACACUUCGGAACUCAAGGACGACACAGCACAGAUUCUUCAAGAAAUUGCAAAGCUACAAGCCAAGCUUCCAGAGCAUGGCCAAACUGGCGACCAAUAUGUCAUGCAUAGGUAUCUUGACAGCCUCACGACUUAUGCAGAGAGCUCAUUUGGUCAACUGUCCAUCCAAGGUCUUGAGGAAGAAUCCCGCAAACCUACACCCAUUGAAGAGAGAUUAGCUUCCGACGGCAUCAUUUCCUUGUAUCCUUCCAGCUCGUCUGCUACAGCGCAGGGCAGUUACCCUUCAGCAUCCGCAUCGGUCUCAGCGCCGCCACUAGAAGCUCAAGCGAGUGACCUACCGCUUUCACGUCUACCGUCUUCGCCGCAUUCUUUCUUUCCCCCCGAGGACCCGGAUCUUGACCCUCCUUUCGCCGUAUCCGAUCUGUCAUGGUGCAAGAACAGCGCAUUACCUUUCUCCUUCCCACACCCACAACAUGCUACGGAAGGUCACACUGACUUAGUUUACACCAUAUGCCAGACCAGCAAUUUCGUAAUCAGCGGGAGUAGAGACCGAUCGAUUCGCGUAUGGAACGCCAAGAAAAGACGUUUAGAGUACCCGCCUUUGCUCGGGCACGAGUCAUCCGUCUUCUGCGUAACUGCGGACGAAACGCAAGACCUUAUCGUCAGCUGCGGCGGCGACCGCAGCAUUAUGACGUGGCAGCUAUCUACGGGCGCGCUGAAGAGCAGAAUUCCGCAAGCUCAUGGCGACAGCGUCCUCAACAUCAAGUUGAACGAGUGGUAUCUUGUUUCAAGCUCGAAAGACUGCACUGCGAAGGUCUGGGAUCGGAAGCUGUUAGUGCUUCCCAACAAUCGGAGAGUCAGCGAGCCGUUCCCGCAGAGUGUCCUUCGAGGCCAUGCAGCACCGAUCAACGCAGUCGUUCUCACCGACGCAGAAGCCGUCACAGCUUGUGGAGAUCGCCAAAUCAGAGUCUUCGACCUCGACAGCGGGACAUGCUUACGACGGAUGUCCUCGCAUGAAAAGACCAUCACGACCCUUGUACUCUCCGCCGACGGUCGAUACAUCAUAUCAGCUGGUGGCGACUCAGACAUCGUCAUCCAUUCCAAGGAGUCUGGGAACGAAGUUACGAGGUUGCAAGGCCAUGGCGAUCUCAUCCGCGCGCUCAUCACAAUACCUGAAGCCAAUCUCAUCGUUUCAGGCUCUUACGACGAGACAGUAGCAAUAUGGGCCUUCAACGAAGACGGAGUGUGGAAGAAAGAGCGGAGUCUAGACGUCAAAGAAACGCAGAGGAGGAGUCUAGCACUCGACUUGCGGAAGCGCAGCUCGGACUUCACAGAGGAAAUCCGGAAAGCGGUCGAGACCGGAGCGGACGCGGACGUGGAAGCCCGUUCUAGUGGGAAAGUCUUUUGUCUGCUGUCAAGAGGAAAGCAGAUUCUGUGUGGUGCGGGAUCCACUAUCGUUGGUUGGGACUUUGGUGAUGAUCCAGAAGUAGAAGAAGACUUUGAUACCCGGGUUCAAUCAGCGGCAGAAGCGCCGAAGAAGCAGAAGGGGAAGCGGCGGCAAUUCUUCACCUCUCUCAAAAGGGGGUUUUGAGGCAUGAAGACUUUCUAUUCAACUUCGAAAGGUCAUCUUGGGUGGUUGAGAGCCAUGAUCCACGUGCUUGUGAGCUUCACACGAGGCUAAACAUCGUGCAUAGGACGGUUUAGGGCUUGGUGAUUCUCGGACUGGCUUGUAGAGCUUCCGUCUGGUUGGGCAUCACUGCACCACCACGAAGACGCGGACCUCCAUCAACGGCUGCCAGCACACUUUAACGCCACAGCAGACGUCACAUCUGCAAGCCGUUAUUGAGGGCCUCCACACCUCUUCAGGGGACGCGUGGAUGCCGCCAGCGACGAUUGGCGCAUUCAGGUGGGGUCCCUGUUAUCACGAACCGAGAGCAGCGGGACGGUCGUGUCUGCAUGCUGU